AUGCCGCUGGGGCCCGGGGCUCUAAAGGCCACGCCCCCUGCUCAGGACUCAGGAGUACCGAGGCUGCCAUGUGGACUUGCUCAGGUUGGAGUAUGUUUUCAUCCUGUUCCGGACAUUGAGCCUCAAAAUGACAACAUCGCAAGAAUAGGCGAAAGGACAAUGUCUUCCCUUGUAUGGUUUAGCUCCGCCAGAACUGCAGGACAGUGGCUUGAUUACUGGUUACGCCAGCGGCUCCAGUGGUGGAGAAAGUUUGCGAUAGGCCCAUCCAAUUUCAGCAGCAGCGACUUUCAAGAUAAAGAGGGAAGAAAAGGAAAUAAUUUGUACUACAGCUUUCCUUGGGGAAAGGAACCAAUAGAAACGUUGCAGAGUCUAGGAGAUAAUGAACUGUUACAAAUGUAUCCAGGGAAUAAAUCAAAAUUACAUGGCCGGGAUGGAAGGAAGAAUGUUAUUCCUCAUGUGCUGUCUGUGAGUGGCAAUCUGGACCAAGGAGUGCUAGCAUAUCUUUGUGAUUCUCUGCAGUUCACGGAGAGCUCUCUAACAAGAAAGAAAACUCUUCAAAGAAAGGUACUUAAGCUUCACCCUUGUUUAACACCAAUAAAAGUUGCUUUGGACGUGGGAAGAGGCCCAACAAUGGAGCUGAGACAGGUGUGUCAGGGGCUGUUCAACGAAUUGAUAGAGAAAGGAAUUUCUGUGUGGCCUGGGUAUCUUGAAACCAUGCACACACCCCUGGAGCAACUCUAUGCAAAGUAUGAUGAGAUGAGUGUCCUUUUCACAAUCUUGAUCAGUGAUGCUACGCUGGAGAAUGGAGUGGUUCAGCUGAGAAGCAGAGACACAACCAUGAAAGAAAUGAUGCACAUCUCUCGAUUGAAGGACUUUUUAACUAAGUACAUUACAGCAGCUAAAAAUGUAUAA